AUGGUUUGCUUGGCUCACUUUUGUGAAUUGCAUGGGCCUAGUGUUAUAGCUUGUACUCAAAUUAUAGACGAACGAUCGGUGAAAGAAAAUCUGCUUCUGGCAAAUUCCCGACUGGCUAGUUGUUUGUCAUGUCAAUUUAUUCUACCUGACUCCACUGCAAAUUUAGUUACAAAACUAACCAAAGACAAUGAGAAAAAACCUGCAAAUCUCCAUAAAUCAGCUUCACCCAUACCUACACUUACACCCACAUCAACUCCAACUCCAACUGAUUUGAUACUUGAAAAAGUCAGCAUAUCGACCCAUUACCCGUCCUCUCAAAAACGGUAUUCGGCAUUGACAAAGUUGGUUAUGAAAUCGCUAUCAGUGGAAACAAUGUCUGACUUGUCAAAGCCAAUGUUUUAUGGAGAUGCAAUCAAUGGAUAUUGUAUUAAUCAGAUAUUCAAAGUUGAAGAUUUGAAUGCAAGGGGAGGCGAGAGGAAAUAUUCACUAAUGGUGAUCAGCGACAAUGAAUCAGAACUUUUGAUGCGUUGGGAAAUUGUUAGUAUUUAUUUCAAUGUGGUUAUUGAAUUGAUUCAAAAGAAAGUUGCAAAGGCAAAUCAAGUUAAGCAAAGCGAAAGUAACAAUAGUAGCAAUAAUUUUGGUGAUGGUGAUUCGAGUACUAACAAGAUGUUUGAUAACGAGAGAUAUUUACGUAGAUCAUUGAUCAAACCGAAAUCGCUAACUGAAUUAACCAAUGAUAAUGAGAUAUUUGUUAGAAUACACUUGUGUGUUACAGAAAUGUUAAAGGAUAUACUUGGGUAA